AUGUUAGUCAUACAGUUUCGUGAUUGCGCACCGACAACAACGUUUAAAAAAUCAAUCGGUGCCAGGAUUUUGCUAGUCUCCUCGAUUUCCAUCCAAAUCCGAGCAGAUUUUGAGUACACUAACAUCAAGUGCACUACAGUGGACGCCUCGUUUUCCACGUUUGAGCACUGCCUGCUGAAGUCUGUGAAUCGAACCUACAAGUAUGGAUCUCUGAAAGUGAACUUACAUCAGUUGCCAGUGGACAAAUUAAAUCUGGCUCUUUACAAACGCUUGAAUGGUUCCAAACCAUUUCUGUACAACGUCACCAUCGACGCUUGCAAGUUCGUUUUGAAUCGAAACUCUUCCCCAGUGGCCGCGUUUAUCUACAGUCUUUUCAGUCCCUAUUCCCAUAUGAACCAUCCUUGUCCUUACAAUCACGACGUCAUGGUCGACAAGGCACCCACUUCGCAUCUAAACCACCAAUUGACGAAUGUUUUGCCAUUUCCCAAGGGGCACUACGGAUUCUCCAGCAUUUGGCACUCCAAGCGGAUUAAGAGGGCCUACGUCAACGGUUACGGGACCUUAUCUUAG